AUGACUGAAAUUUAUAGUAUAACCGGUACACAAUUUUCUACUGAACUUGAUCCUCAUCACGAGAGCAGAAAACGAUCAAGGUUUGAUAAAAUCGAGGACGCGAAAUUAAUCCGUGAUGUAAAAUACGAAGACGGAAUGACCAAGGUUCUGAUUAGUUUUUAUCGGCAUGACAAAAGGUGGGAAUGGUUACCACUGAAUGAGGUUGCAAAUGGUGAAUUCUUGUUGUCCAAAUAUCACAAGUUUAAAGUGAAUCAGAAACGCAAAAAUUUUAACCAAGAACGCGAUAAAUAUUCGAAAUUUGAUAUAAAUAAGGAGAAAGAUCUCGAAAAAACAUUGACUAACGAUUUGAAAAAUGAUGUAUGCUUGGACGCAUCAUCCGCGGACCAAGAGUUAAUCACCGAUGGACUCGUCGAUACAUCUCCUGGUCAUAAAAAAAACGAAUAUCAGAGUCAUUUUUCAUAUCUCCAUCAGGGUUGUGGCAUUAACCCUUCAAGAAACAAUAACUCGAAAGGUAAUCGGGAUGUAGCUCUACCUGAGAAACCUUUUAAAGCGUUUGCUAAUAUUGGUCACAAGAGAAAGAAUGGGUCAAUGAAAGUUAGAAAGCCUGUGAAUCGCGACAGAUUUUUGACCAAUUACCCAAUCAGGCAUCCAGAAAGAGUCGGGGAUUUUAUCGAUGGCAUUCCUCUGCCAUUAAAAAUUUUUGAAAAGUCACAAAAUAGAUACGCGACUGGUGACGGUACUCUUUUUGACAAUGAUUCUUCGCGACACCAAACGGAAAACCACGGAAAGUUACCGAUCAUCUACCAAAUAAAUGAGGAUGGCGCCUUUUUCGGUGACAUUUAUCCACAACAUCCAUUAAGAAACGAUGGUAUCUUUUUCGACGACAUUUAUCCACCGCAUAGAUUAGAAAACUUUGAAGGGCCACCGAUUUCCAUGUACCAAAAGAAUGACAAUACUUUCUUUGAGAAUAACGUGAAUCAAUCACGUAAGAACGAGAAUCUUGAAAGAUUAUCGACUUCGUUUGCACCGACAAAACGAGGUGCAAUUUUCCGAAAUUCCGCUGCCACAUAUCAAGUGAAUAGACGUUUCACUUCUGAGGAUGGUAAGAUAACCCUUUAUCACAGGGCGAUCCUUGAAAGUUUGGCACAGCCUAUUCCUAUUAGCCGUCGUGAGCACAAUAAACUUAAUGUCGCGCCCAAAUGGAGUGAGGAGCUGUAUGAAAAAUCUUAUCAAAAGAGUAUGACACCGGAUCUCAUUCCUUUUCUCGGACCUAAUAAUUAUAGUAACGCUUGCGAAAGGAAAAUGUGCGACGGAAAGAAGAAAACAUCCGAUAAACAAAAGAAAUCCGAUCUUCAAUGCAUCCAAACAGUUGAAGACACCCGAGAAAUUGACCAAACAUCAUCGGGUUGGAGUGAUCACGCAAAUUCCAUGGUUUCACAACAAGAUGAUGAAUAUUUUCUUACCACCCGAGAAAUUAUGAACGGAAGGGUGAAAACAAGUCUGAAAUUCGAUUACGAAGAUUAUUCUGCGAAUUCCUCGGAGAGUUACUUUUCCUGGUUAAUCACAAAUAAUCAUGAGAGACAGUCUGUCCCUUACGAGGGUGCUUCAAGAAAGGAUAAGAAAUCGAAAAAACGGGAUCAUUGGAGAAAUGAUAUCAAGUACAAUUUCAAUUAUAAUUUAGAUGGUUCACGCAAAUAUCGAAGGCAUAACUAUGAUCUUCGUGUUCGAGACGGACACUGCGGUAUUCGAAAAUGUUAUAAUAACUUCGGCUUCCACACAAAAGUCAAAGAUUUCGAAAGUGAGUCGUACGAAUGUUCUGAAGAAUGGAGUAAUCCCAAGUUGGAUAACAAUAAAUCCACAUUAAUAUAUGUAAAUCAAAGGAAUUUGUGGUGGCCUUGGGACAACGAAGAAGAGUUCGAACGAGAUUUAGUAAAUAUGAUUAAAAAAGAAAAAAUAAAAGUUUUGAAAAACUUGAACACUUUAAUCAACGAAGAAAUUGAAGAAGAAAGGGUUAAAAAUUUUAUCGAAAAAGUCUACAAAGAGACUGCAUACUACAAUAUUGAACUUGAGUGUGAGGAAACUGGUGAUUGUAAGCAUAGGGAAUUGGAGAAUGAGUAA